AUGACAGCAAGAAAAGUGCCGUCAAAAAUUGUGAUUGCUGGAAAUUCCAAGAUGUCGCUAAACGACAGAUUCUCAUCUAUACCAAGACCAAGACCAAAAACUGUAAUGAUGAAGCCUCAACCACAGAGAAUCCCAGCACCGAUGAAAAAAGCUAAUCCGCAGCAGUACAACGAAAUGGAUUACGCUCCGAAACCAAUCAUUCGUCGUCCGCGCCCAACUUUCCAACAUCGGGCAGUUCCAUUUCAAAGUCGUGUAUCGUUUGUGAGCACUGUUCCAAUCCAGCGAUUCCCACAGCGGAACAAUUUUGUUCAGAGAAAUCCACAGUUUCAGAACAAUUUCAGAAGGCCAUUCAGACCAAACUUCAAUCAACAGCACCCAAAUCGCAAAUUCUUCCACAAUAACAAUCACAACAAUCGAUUCCAAAACAACGGUGGAUUUCAGGGAAGAAAGGCGUUCCCAACUCUUCCAAAAAAGAAAUCGUUGGCUGACUUGGAUCGAGAAUUGGACGAUUACAUGAGAAAACCAAAGCACACGCCAAUCACAGUUUAA